CCCUUCCUUCCCCACCCACGCCACGCGUGUGUUCUUCGCAGCCACCCAACCCCCGCCUCGGCGAAAUCCGGCGCCAAAUCCCCUCACCUUAUCGCCAAAUCGACCGCCCAUCGGCAUGAUGACCCCCUCAUCAUCGCCCCGGACGCUGCACCGCAGCGAAACGGCCCUGGUUUAGCCGUCAAAGCCCCACCUUUCUGGAGCCUUUCUUGGGCUAGUGCCGCGUGCCUCCCGAGCGAGGACCCCCGGGGAUUGGAUUCCGGCGUAGCCUGCCUUUCCCGGUUGGAUUGGGAUAUAGGCGGGGGGUGAUUUCGUGGGAGAGGUUUGAGCUUGGUGGGAUUUCUUGGGCGGAAUUUGAUUUGCGUGAAGUGCGUCUUGGAGGAGGCGAUUCUUGCGUGGUUGCGUGGUCUGCUGGGAGGCUGCUGCUGCCGCCGCCGCCGGGAUGGCGACGCACUUCACGCCGUCGCAGGCGCACGCGGCGUCGCACGCAGCGGCGCACCACCACUCGGCGUCGGCCGCGGCCGCCGUCACGGCCGCGGCCACCGCGCGCCUGCAGGCGUCCGCGCCGCCGGCCUCGGCAUCGGCCGCGGCGGCGGCUCUGUGCCCGCCGCACCUCCUCGCGGCGUCGUCCCCGGCCUCCUCCUCUGCGGCGUGCCCGCCCGCCAACAACCCCAUCUUCGUCGGCCCCGGCGCGCCGUGGGUUCAGCAGCCCCAGCGCGCCGCUGCUGCGGCCGCGGCGCUCGGCCCGGAGUUCCGGCGCGCGCGCACCACCCGGACCAUCUCCAAGCGCACCCGCGGGGGCGGUGGCAGUGCGGGAGCCCAGGACCGCGGCCGCGUGUCCUCGGCUGCCGCGGGGCGCUGCGUCGACAAGCUGCUCCGCGUGGGGCCUGAAGACCGGCGAGCACUUGGUGCGGCUCUCUCAUCCUUCCGGGGUGAGCUAGUCGCUCCAGAGGACUACUGCCAGGUACUCCGGGAGCUCGGCGACAGGGAUAAAUCGGCAUACCGUGCCUUUGAGGUGUUUUAUGCUGCAUUGCCUCUUGUUGGUGGUGGUGCUGUCGGGAAAGGCAAACUUCUGACUGCCGCCAUUGGUGCGCUUGGCAAGAUGGGUCGACCAGACCUGGCAAGGAGGGCUUUUGAUACUGGCAUUGCUGGGGGAUAUGGCAACACGGUGUUUGCGCACUCUGCCCUCAUCUCAGCUUAUGCGAGGAGUGGACUCGCAACUGAGGCCAUGGGGGUGCUCGAGUUGAUGAAGGGUGCAGGCUUGCGGCCUACUACAGUGUCAUACAAUGCUGUUAUUGAUGCAUGCGGAAAAGGGGGUGUCGACUUUACGUUCACACUUGGGUAUUUCCGUCAGAUGUUGCAUGAUGGGCUCUGUCCAGACCGCAAGACGUUUAAUUCACUUCUUGCGGCAUGUAGCCGGGCUGGCCAUUUGGAAGAUGCUCGUGCUGUCUUCGAUGAAAUGAUCCAUCUUGGGAGUGGGCGUGACAUUUACACUUACAACACAUUUGUUGAUGCAAUUUGCAAGUGUGGCAACAUGGAGCUGGCUAUGCAGGUUGUCUUGGAUAUGGAAGCAAAUAAUGUCAAGCCAAAUGUUGUUACAUAUAGUACGCUUAUGGAUGGCUUCUCCAAACUGGAGAAAUAUGAUGAGGCACUCAAGUUGCGUGGAAAGAUGAAGUCUUUGGGAAUUCAACUGGACCGAGUUUGCUACAACACCUUGCUGGCCAUAUAUGUGAAGACAGGGAAGUAUGGUGAAAUUGCUAGUGUGUGUGAAGAGAUGGAGAGUUUGGGUAUUGACAAGGACACUGUCACUUACAAUUCCUUGAUUAAUGGAUAUGGAAAGCAAGGACGCUUGGAUAUGGUUGCUUUCCUUGUUCAAGAUAUGCGGGCGCAAGGUGUAGCUCCUAGUGUGCUGACAUACUCAACUUUGAUAGAUAUCUAUUCAAAGGCAGGAAUGCAUGGAGAUGCAUUUAAUGUCUACUUGGAUUUUAAGGAGUCUGGUCUAAAGGCAGAUGUUGUUCUGUUCAGCUCUUUUAUUGAUACGUUGGCCAAGAAUGGCUUGGUAGAGUGUGCUUUGUCUUUGCUUGAUGAGAUGAUGAAGAUGGGUAUCAAGCCAAAUGUUGUAACCUACAACACAAUUAUUGAUGCGUUUGGCAAAUCUAAGAUUCUUACUGAGGAGGAUCCUGAGAUUGGAGACAUGGGAAUUGUUGGGGUUUAUGGUGGCCAGAUUGUAAGGUCCGCUAAUUCAGCUACCAGUGGAGGCCGUUCUGCCAUUGAUGUUCGGAUGAGGAGGUCCCAGGAAUUAUUUUUCAUUCUGGAAUUAUUUCAGAAGAUGGUCCAGCAGGGUGUACAACCAAAUGUUGUAACAUUUUCUGCGAUCCUGAAUGCUUGCAGUCGCUGUAAUAGUUUUGAAGAUGCAGCCCUUUUACUGGAACAGCUUCGCUUGUUUGAUAACUUUGUAUACGGGGUUGCGUAUGGACUUCUGAUGGGCCAUCAAGAAGUUUGGUCUCAAGCACGGUCCCUCUUUAAUCAGUUGGGACGCAUGGAUUCUCCAACAUCUUCUGCCUUUUACAAUGCUCUUACUGACGUGCUGUGGCAUUUUGGCCAGAGACAAGGAGCUCAGCAAGUUGUGCUCGAAGGGGUAAACCGUCGUGUUUGGGAGAACACGUGGAGCGAGUUCUGCCUGGACCUGCACCUCAUGUCAUGUGGUGCAGCUCAAGCAAUGGUUCAUGCAUGGCUCCUGAAUGUGCGCUCUAUUGUCUUCGCAGGACGAGCUAUGCCUGAAUUUUUAAGCAUUCUGACAGGAUGGGGAAAGCAUAGCAAGAUAGCUGGUUCAAGCACUCUCAGACGUGUCAUUGAAGCAUUGCUCCUUUCAAUUGGAGCGCCGUUUCAGGUCGAGCGCUUUAAUAUUGGAAGGUUUGUGUCACCUAGUGCUGUGGUGGCUGCCUGGUUGAGAGAGUCUGGCACCAUUAACAUUCUUCUCCUCCGCAAUGAGCGAGUACAGCAUGCAAACCUGCCCAAUCUGGUACCGAGGUUACAGGCGUUGCAGUUGUAGCCCCCUAGAUCUCAUCUCAUCGUCCCGUUUAGCAUCGGGCCUGGUACAAGCUUCCCUUUAGUUUUUAUUCAUCUUCAUUCAGAAGAUUGUAGUGUAUCAUAGUUUCAGGGAAAUAGGCAAAUAGUUCACUUUAUAAAAUCCCAGUGUUUUAGGCUUUUCUUUAGCCAGAAAUGUAAUGUAAACUUGGCAGCCUGCCUUACAACCCCUUUUUCAUCAAGAUAAAAUCUAGCAGCUUCACAAUUGGUGCUCCA